AUGGCAGCUGGAAUGCAGCAUCCACAGGUGCCUCACAUUCAUAAUGAACCUGCUCCUCCUGUUCCUGCUGCUGCUCCUAAUCCUAUGUAUGGCCUUAUUCAUUAUGAGGGUGCAGUUGGUCCUCACAACUUUGGAAAUCCCCUCCAUUACUUUGCAGCCAAUCCUGCACCACCUGCACCUCCUGAACAUAAUUAUCAUCAAUUUAAUGUUCAGUUUCAGCAUCGUUUUGAAGAGGAGUGGAUGGAAAAUGAGCAGAUUAGAGAUGAAUUACUUCAGAGACAAGCACAGGAGACAUUCCAUCAACAGCAGAUCCAGCAGCAAUUCCAGCAGCAGAAAGCUAAUCGCAUCCAUAGACAAGCUCAAGAAAACUUGGAGGCCUUUUACUUGCAGCAGCAGGAAGCUGAGAGGCGUAAUAGACAAGAUCAGGAGGUUCAUCACAUACAGCAGGAGGAAGCUGAGCGGGCUGAUAGACAGGCUCAGGAUAUUCAGCGAGCAGGUCAACAGGCAGAAGAGGGACAACAUUGCCAGGAGCAGAGGAAUCGUAAGCAACAGGAGCGUCUUAAAGAGGCAUUGCGCAAAUAUGAUAAUCCUGCUUCUCAGCAGCAGCAUGAAGAUGACGAGGAAAGAAGAAGAACUCAAGAGCAAGAACGUCGCCAGCAGCACGAUGCAGAGGAUGAUGAAUAUAUCAACUAG